UGGCUAUUGCUCUUCGAUUGGACUGCUAAUACACAAGAUCUCCUGUGUUACUGCAAAAAGCAUAGUAAUCGUCCUUCUGCUCCUUUCUAAAAUCCUUCCCUCGUUGCUGUUGGGCUCCCCUACAAAAGGGGGCCGGCCAAUGUAGAGUUUUACGCAUCGGGAAAAUCUGCGGUGGACAGCGGUGUCUCCCUCACGCAUCGUGGCACCCAAGGUACCUAAAGAGCGAAGAUCCAACGACAGGCCCGCAAGCCGGAAUCUCUCUUCAUUUGCUCAACUCGCUCAUCGAAUUGUUCUGGAAAGCUUCCACGCAUGUUCUUUCCGACUUCUCCAAUCGCAGAAAUAUGGGGAAAGGAAAGGGAGGCAUACCUACCAAGAAGGUGCAGCUUGGGGAAGGUGAUGCACCUAUGACGCACCUGCCCUUACCUUACGCUCUUUCCCCAGAUUCGCUCAAGCGUCUUGGUGUCGUCACCGUCCAAUUGCGUGGCAGACUCCAAACUUCAACUUCAACUUCAUCGCAUGGUCUAGCCAUUUUGACGCACAACACUGAGAUCAUUCACUGCAAACGCAUCUUGCUGAUAAGAAGAAAACCUAAGAUCAAAAGAGACCGGGAGCAUUCAGCUUCAUCAAGAUCACCGUCUCUAGCUUAUACGGACACCCGCCCUCAUAACGCCACAAUGAUUCCCGCAAGAUCCCUCCCCCUUCGCCGCCUCGCGGCCGCGCGAUCCGUCACCGGACUCGGAGCCGCCACGGCAACCCCCAUACCCGCGACGCGCCGGGUUGGGGCUCAGGUCCGGUGGAGUACGCAUAACCCCAAGGAAGGCGACCUCGGUGGACCCGGUGGGCAGGAGCCUGUGCCGUCUACGAGCAGUGCCGCGCAGAGCUGGCCGACGUUGGUCGCUAUUGCUGCUGUUGGACUCGGUGUUGGGAGCUAUCUUGUUCAUAUGACGGGCAAGUCCAAGGGGCAGGGGACUGUGAUGGAGAAGGGGGAGUUUGAUAAGUUGGCGGAGAGGGUUGCGCCGAGGAAGUAGAGACUGCUGGGUUGGUGGUUGGGUCUGAAUGGGCUCAAGCGUGGGUGAGGUUUGAGGGAUGUUAAGGCCAAAAGCUGUAAAGGAUCUGUGUAAUUUCGAGAUUGUGAAUGAGCUUGCAGGCUUUCCGGAGAAAGAUUGAGUCUUUCUAGCGACGGAGGCCGAUUAUUUGACGUUCAAGAGGAGUGCUUCAUUUAAUCUAGUUUCGUAUUUACCGGGGGCGACAGUUCUACCUAUAGCACCC